AUGUGGGCAAUACUCUCAGCACUGCAUCCAGCAGAAAAAGAUGCCCAAAGAGUCACCAAAUAUAAACCAUAUGAGAAUGAGCUAAAGUUCGAAGGCAUUGAAUUUCCAGUGAAGAUGGAAGAUAGAGUACUUAAAAGGUUCGAAAAGUUUAAUAACAUAUCGGUGAACAUAUAUUCAUACGAAGGUAAUGACAUUUACCCAUUGAGAAUCACUAAAAAUAAGGAAGACAAACACGUCAAUUUGCUGUACAUAAAGAAUAAGGAAGGAAACAGUCAUUACUGUUGGAUAAAGGACCUCUCCAAAUUGAUAAGCGGACAAGUAACUAAACACAACGGAAAGGUAUUCACCUGUGAGAGAUGUCUGCUGUAUUAUUACUCCGAAGAGGACCUCCAAGCCCAUGAAACGGAUUGUAGAAAGAAUACACCAGUAAAGAUUGUAAUGCCUAAGGAGGCAGAAUCUCUGCGGUUCAAAAACUACCAAAGGUCCUUACGAGUACCCUUUGUGAUGUACGGAGACUUCGAGUGCUUGACAAACAAGAUAAACACCUGCAGCCCUACAAAAGACACAUCCUUCUUGCAUAAGUAUCAAAAGCACGAGCCUAUGAGCUUCACUGUCUACAUCAAAUAUAAACACGCAGACUAUAAGGCACCAAUCACGUACAGAGGACCCAAUGCCACAAAACUGUUCUUUGAUACAGUGAAGGCUGAGGCUCUAGCGAUAAAGAACAUUUAUGAUAAGAAGCAACCCAUUAAAAUGACCACCGAAGAUGAAGAGCACUUCCAAAGGACCCAUGUUUGCCAUAUCUGUGACGGAGAUAUCAGGAAGAAACCCUCUCCGUAUUCACCCAAGGAUGAACCAGACUUCCGAAAAGUCAGAGAUCAUGACCAUCUUCUCGAUCCGGCGAAAUGUGAAUCGAACUACAGAGGACCUGCUCACAACCUUUGUAACCUAAAGUACCAAGAGCCAUCGUUCAUUCCGGUGUUCAUCCACAAUUUGUCUGGCUACGACGCCCAUCUCUUCAUAAAGGAGCUCGGUGGGGAGAAAGGAGACAUUGAUGUCAUUCCGAACAACGAAGAGAGGUACAUUUCAUUCAGUAAGGAGGUCGGGGCAAAGAUGUUAGAUGUAGGCAAUGGGAAACAAGUAAAGUUGCCUGGCAUAAAGUUGAGGUUUGUCGACUCAUUCAAGUUCAUGGCCACUAGCGUCGACAGUCUUGCGAAGAACGUUAAGGAGUUCAGGGAGACAGCCAAGUACUUUCCCAAGGACAAGCUAGACCUCGUCACCCGAAAAGGCGUCUAUCCAUACGAUUACAUGGACUCGUGGGACAAAUGCGAAGAAACCAAGCUGCCCCCACAAGAAGACUUUUACAACCAAUUGAAUGAGUCACACAUAAAGGAUGAGGACUACGAGCACGCUAAAAGAGUAUGGAAGGCCUUCAACAUUAAAACAUUGGGUGAAUAUUCCGAUUUGUAUGUGAAGACUGAUGUACUCAUCCUUGCCGACAUCAUGGAACACUUUAGAGAUGUCUGUCUAAAGACCUAUAAGUUGGAUCCUGCAUGGUACCUCACCGCACCUGGACUCUCCUGGGAUGCCAUGCUCAAAACCACAGAGGUCGAGCUAGAGCUGUUGACAGACUAUGACAUGAUACUCAUGCUAGAAAAAGGGACCAGAGGAGGCAUAUCUCAGUGUUGUAACCGAUAUGGGAGGGCGAACAACAAGUACAUGAAGGACUAUGACGAGAACAAGAAGUCCAACUACCUGAUGUACCUUGACGCCAACAACCUUUACGGAUGGGCCAUGAGUCAGUACCUACCGCAUGGUGGUUUCAAGUGGAGCACUGUGUCAGAUGUGACCCAAGUUGCGGAUGACUCAGACACAGGAUACAUCGUUGAUUGUGACCUACAGUACCCAACCCAUCUGCACAACCUCCAUUCAGACCUACCUCUAGCACCUGAGAGCAGGAUGCCUGAUGGCUCAAAACAGCCAAAACUACUGACGACCCUCUAUGACAAAGAGCAUUAUGUUGUUCAUUACAGGGUUCUAAAACAAUAUUUGCAGCUGGGGAUGAAGCUCAAAAACGUGCACAAAGUGUUGGAGUUUCAGCAGUCUCCCUGGUUGAAGAGGUACAUAGACCUGAACACUGAAAUGAGGACCAAGGCAACCAAUGACUUUGAAAAAGACUUCUUCAAACUUAUGAACAACUCGGUCUUUGGCAAGACGAUGGAAAAUAUCAGGAAGCGGCUCGAUAUUAGGCUAGUAUGUGAUCCCCAGAAAGCGGAGAAGCUAGUUGCUAAGCCCAACUUCAAGGGAAGGACCAUUUUCGACGAAAGAUUAGCCGCUGUGCAUAUGAACAAGACGAAAGUUAUCUUUAAUAAGCCAAUAUACGUCGGCAUGAGUAUAUUAGAUCUAUCGAAGCAUCUGAUGUACGACUUUCAUUAUAAUGUUAUGAAGCCUAAAUACGGGGGCGAUAUCAAGCUAUUGUACAUGGACACUGACAGUUACAUCUAUGACAUACAGACCGAGGAUUUUUAUAAGGAUAUGAAAGGAAUGAUUAACUGCUUUGAUACGUCGGAUUACCCAGAAAAUAACAAAUAUGAAAUGCCACAGGUAAAUAAAAAGGUUCUGGGGAAAAUGAAGGAUGAGCAUGCUGGAAAAAUUAUGGAAGAAUUCGUCGGAUUAAGAUCAAAAAUGUAUGCUUGUAAGACUGAAACAGACAUGGUAAAAAAGUCAAAAGGUGUUAAGAAAUGCGUAGUAAAAAAUAGGAUAUCUUUCGAGGACUAUAAAAACUGUUUGUUCUCACACCAACAACAGUACAGAACAAUGAAUCUCCUUAGAAGCAAGAAACACGAGAUCCAUUCAAUACAAGUGAACAAGAUAGCGCUGUCCGACAAGGACGACAAACGACAUAUCUUGGACGAUGGUAUCCAUACCUUGGCGCACGGCCACUAUGCGAUACAAAAAUAA